AUGUCGUCUCUUGCCAAAGAGUUGGACUUCAUGGAAACUAGACGAGGCGGAGAUGCAAAGAGUUCUUCUUCUCUUACCAUUCGGUCGAGGAGCGGCGAUGGUGACGACAGUGUCGGGACGACGGACAAGCAGGCGGCGGUUGCAACGAGUCGGUCGGUGUCGUCGAAUGACACGGGCGAUGGAAGCGAACGGGGACACGAGCGCGAUGCGGACGGCAAUGGCGAUGGGGAUGGCGAUGGGGGUGGGAAUGGAGGAGACGAGAGCGGUGGCAGCGAGCUCAAGGAUCACGGCGAUGAGCACGCCCUGACGCUCUCACGGGGCAGAUGCAUCGCCCUCGUGGCCACCGUCACCGGCGCCGCCUUUCUCAACACCCUCUCCCUCCAGAGCGUCGUCAUCAUCCUCCCUACCAUCGGCCAUCACCUCUCCGUCCCCGACAGCCGACAGCAGUGGAUCGUCUCUUCGUACUCGUUGACCUUUGGCUGCUUCCUACUGUUCUGGGGCCGGAUUGCGGACUUGUAUGGAAAGCGGCUCAUCUUCAUCCUGGGAUCCAUCUGGGUGACGGCGGUGACGGCAGCGAACCCCUUUGUGCCGAAUGAGAUUGGCUUCAAUGUCUUUCGGGCGCUUCACGGCUUGGGAUCUGCUGCCAAUGUGCCCACGGCGAUUGGCAUCCUGGGCGUCACGUUUCCUCCAGGCAAAGCAAAGAACUAUGCCUUUAGCACAUACGGCGCCGGUGCCCCUCUUGGGAGUGUAUUCGGAAACAUGCUUGCCGGCUUGAUGGCCCAGUACACCGAUUGGAAAUGGAUCUUUGGCGUCCUCGCCAUCAUGGGCGGCAUCAUUUCCGUCUGCGGCAUCCUCUUCAUUCCUGUUCCUCCGUCGCCAUCCGCUGCGGACAAGAAAGGCCCGCCAAAGAUUGACUGGAUCGGGGCUACGCUCAUUACUGUCGGCCUCCUUGCCCUCAUGUUCGCCCUUACAGAGGGUAACGUUGUGGGAUGGGACACUCCUUGGAUACCUGUCCUUAUUGUUGUUUCCAUCCUCAUCAUUGCUGCCUUUGCGGUCUGGCAAUGGUAUCUGGAACGAAGACUGACGGCUGCUUCACAUAUACCUGCGGAUUCUGGAGCUCCAGCUCCGUCUCCGACGCCGCCGCUCAUCAAAGUCUCCAUCUUCCGCAACCUCCAGUUCAGCGCCGUCAUGGUCAUAAUGCUCCUCUUCUUCGCCGGCUUCAACAACUAUCUCAUCUUCACCACCUACUUCUUCCAAGAAUUCCAGGGGUUGUCCCCCCUGCAGACAAUGCUGCGCUUCAUCCCGACCGGUGUGGGCGGCGCCACCGUGGCCAUCAUCGUCUCCCAGCUCCUCGACCGCGUGCCGACUCUCUUCAUCCUCAUCACCGGCCACGUCGCCCUCUGCAUCGCCUGUCUCUUGUACGCCGUGCCCAUUUCGCCGUCGACUUCCUAUUUUGCCUACGGCCUUCCCGCCAUGAUUCUCGCCGUCAUUGGCUCAGACACCACGUGGCCCUGUCUUACCCUCUUCACUUCCCGCGCUCUUCCCAGAGAGGACCAAGCCGUGGGCGGCGCGCUCAUCAACUCGGUCGGACAGUUUGGGCGAUCCAUCGGCCUCGCCAUCAGCACGGCCGUCCAGACGGCCGUCAUGGCCAACGCCCGUGGCUUGUCUGUCAAGGACGCGGGAAGCAUCGUGGCGUGGGAGCCGGAGUCUCUGAGGGGCCUGCGAGCGGCUUCGUGGAUGAACUUUGCCUUUGGGAUCGUGUCCAUGGGGGUGGUCCUGGUGGCGUUUAGGACGUUGGAUAUCGUGGGCAAGGUUGAGCCGCCUGUGUCGAAGAGGAAGGCGGGUGAAGAAGGGGUUGUUGUGCGUGAUGUUGGUGGAGAAAAGAGGGGAGAAGCAAGCUGGCCUUGA